UCAUUCGCUGGAAGGCAGAGUCGGGGAUACCGCGCCUGUCUGCCGGUUGCUGGUUAUAGACGCACUCCGCUCACCGCGAUUAUUUUAUAAAAUAUAUUGUGCGAAAUAAUAUAACAUUAUUCAUAACAACAUGUGUAUUCAUGAAAACUUAAAAAAAUUUGCUAAUUUCUUCUACUUGUAAAACUAUGUAGGUAAAAUAAACAUUUUUGUGUGAACUAAAGUUGGAUAACAUGAUAACAACCAUGACGUCAUUCAUAUUACUAAAGACAAACUCUUUUUUGUUGAGGAUGAACAGAGAGGAUAACGUGAACUGGUUCCACGGAAAAAUAUCACGAGAAGCUGCUGAGAAGUUAUUAAAAGAAGAAGGUGAGGAUGGGGUUUUCUUAGUACGUGAAAGCAACACUUCACCAGGAGACUAUGUACUCUCUGUCCUUCAUCAGGGUGAGGUAGUGCAUUAUCAAAUUAGAAGGCAUGGCGAAGAUGCUUUCUUCAGCAUUGAGGAACACACAACUGUGCACGGGCUAGACACUCUUAUUCAACAUUAUCGUGGUGAUUCAAAUGGACUUGUUACUCGUCUGUCAGUUGUCUGCAAAGGACAACCACCACCUCAUGAAUCACGUACUCAGGGAACUACCAACCUUUUACACAGAGCGACCGAGGCUGGCAACUACAACGUAGUCUCGCAACUCUUGGCAUGCGGAUAUCACAGCAGGGACGCGAAGAACCAGGACGGGCAGACGGCCGUACACAUAGCCGCCCGCGCUGGCCGGGACAACAUCCUGGCGAAACUUAUAGAAAGUGGAGCCACCGUGAACGUGCGGGACUCGUUUGGAUACACACCGUUACAUUACACGUGUCAGAACAAUCUACCAAGUACAACUGAGCUGCUUAUAACGAAAGGCAAUGCGAACUACCAGAUGAGGCACGCGGUCACCGGUAAAGUGCCGCUGCAUGACGCUGCACAGAGGGGUCACAUCAAAUGUAUCGAGGUGUUGCUCAAAUUGAAAGCGCCAGCGCAUCCAAGGACACUAGCACAAGAAACGCCCGCCGAUUUAGCAAAACAUCACGGACACACGGAGUGCUAUCAAUUGUUAAAGAACCACGUGCCGGCCACGCCGAAGACGUCGCGGAACCAGUGGUACCACGGCACGCUGAACCGCGACGAGGCGGUGCGGACGCUACACGAGCACGCGUGCGAGGGUGCCUUCCUACUGCGGUACAGCGAACGGCACACCGGCGCCUACGUGCUCACCAUGCUCAGCGAGAACACACCAUACAACUUCAUUAUAAGAAAAGAGAACGAGUGGCUGUUCAUAGAUGAUGGGCCAUACUUGGAGUCUCUGGAACGGCUUGUAGAGCACUACAGCGCCGUGCCAGAUGGCCUGCCCACACGUCUACAAGUACCGGUCCCACCAAAGCCUAAACCACCAUUACCCGAGUUUUCCACAAUGCCACGAACUAAGAAACCAUCACCAAGUCGAGCAGCCAUGAACCAGACGUUAUCCUUAGUCAAACAUGAUAUCUUGAACGAUCAACAGAUGUCUCAAACCUCACCACCUAUUCCUUCUGUUGGAAAUAACAAUGUGUUCGAUUUGCUCACACGAAAUCUGUCUUUUUCUUCAGACUUCGCUAAUGAUAGCUUAAAUAAUAAUGACGACAUUGAUGACAAUGACACAUACAAAGUUCCUGUAAACAAUGCCAUAGUGCCAGAGAAUUAUAACGAGAUAUCUAUUAACUCUGAUGGUCAGCUAUCCACAUUACAAGAAUUCAUUCCAAUGAAUGAGCUAACACUUGGCGAGGCGUUGGGCGAGGGCGAGUUCGGCUCGGUACUACGUGGACAGUACGGACCGCCCGGAAACCAGCGCGACGUCGCCGUGAAAACGCUGCACGUACAGCAUACCGACACCAACAAGGACGAGUUCCUAGCCGAGGCCAAGCUGAUGAUGGCCUUGCGCCACCACUGCAUCGUGCGGCUUAUUGGGAUCUCGUUGGGCCCACCAUUGGCUAUGGUGCAAGAACUGGUGCCGCUGGGCUCGCUGCUAGAGUACCUGCUGCGGCACCCGGACAAGGUGAGCCCGGCGUACGAGCUGCGGCUGUGGGCGUGCCAGGUGGCGGCCGGCAUGCGCUACCUCGAGCACCGCCGCUUCGUGCACCGGGAUCUCGCUGCCAGGAAUAUACUGCUCGCCACCAGACAUCAAGCAAAAAUAAGUGACUUCGGUCUAUCACGCGCUCUGUCGACCGACAGUUCUUACUACAAGGCUAGCCGCGGCGGCAAAUGGCCGAUAAAAUGGUACGCGCCCGAAUCGUACAACUACGGGACCUUCAGCCACGCGAGCGACGUAUGGAGCUACGGCAUUACGCUUUGGGAGAUGUUCUCUUUUGGGAAACAACCGUACGGCGAAAUGAGGGGCACUGAGGCGAUACAAUUAGUAGAGAGUGGCAAACGAUUGGAACGACCAGAGAAUUGCCCGGACGAGAUUUAUAACGUGAUGCUCGACUGCUGGGCGUACAAUCCAGAUCAACGACCGACCUUCGGUAAACUAGUAGAUGUGUUCUCGCAACAUCCAGACUACGUGAACAUGAAUCAGUUGGUUCUUGAUAACGAAGACGUAAUAGUAUGAAUAUAAUAAUAGAGUGACUGUGAGAGACAUCUUUCGCGUUGACUUUUAUCUUACUGGAACUGGACUUAACUAGAAUGCUAUUCCAAUAGCUAAAAGGAGCUAAUAAAUAAUCGUCAGUUAUGGUCUCUCUACCGUUUAUACUUAGCAAUUAUGGGAUCGAUGCUGAAAGGCCACUGUGACUAGUUUUACAGUAAUUUCAGUAAAUUAUUGUUCUGAGGACUAAUAUUAAUUAAAUAUAUAAUAGAAUUGAAUCAGAAUUAUGUUCUCAUUGAUCCGUAACAUAAAUAGUUUCGCUAAACUUAGAACAAAGACAAAGACAUUAGGUAUGUCAUCAAGUACAAAUUUAUUGACUUCAAUCAUUGCAAAACAUUACAAUAUCUAUUUAGUUGUUUUCUAAUUUUAAACAAGAUCUUGAAUAUCAAUUUUACUUGGUAAUGCAAUAUUGAUAUAAAUGUUUCUGAAUUCGAACAAAUAUUGUGUCGCCAGGAUUUAAGUAGGUCUGGGAUCACAUGUUACUAUACUGCACCUAUUUUUAAUAUUUCGUAUAAAUUAGGCAUUUCACAUGAAACCUCAUGUCAUCGAACUUCUUUCUUUAUUUUUGUAGUAUUUUUUAAACUUUAUUGGAAUUUUCUUAUUUUAAAUAAAUAUUUUAAUUUAGACACAAAAUUGAAAAAAAUUACAUAUUCUAUAAAUGAAUUUUCAUACUAUAAAUGGAAUUUUUGCGUAGAUUUGUCGCAUUUUACUAUACUUUUAUAUAGGCAGCUAGGUAAAUAACUUUUAGAGAAAACAACUACGCAUUAUUUAUAAUUAUAUGACUUUGUGAUAUAGAAAAUGACACGCCAUGAUGUGCCUACUAUUUAAAUGUAUAAACUUGUAUGUACAAAGUGUAUUUUUAUACGAAAAAUUGUGUUUUUGAAAACAUAAUUUAUUAAUAAUCAUGGUAUAUACAUAAGGAGUAGCGAUCUGAGCAGAUAUUUAACAUUUUUAUUCUACUGAUGUAUUUUUUAUUGUAUAUUGCAUUUCUAUAUUCAUUAAGUAACAUACAGAGUAAAAUCGGAAUCCUUUUAAAGAAUAUUCUGUCAGUAAAUUUAGAAAUUUUUUCCUAAGUAUGCUUUUUUAAGUAUUCAUUUUUUCCUAAGGUAAGUUAAACGAUAAACGCCGUGUCGAUUCAAUUCGAGCCUUAAUUGUUUUGACGUGUUUUUAUUUUAGGAAAAUUAUUACUUUCACUGUUAGAGCACUUACUUAAGAAUGUUCAUAUUAAGGCAUACCAAAGUGUAGCAAAAUAAAAUUUAAAAGAAUCUUCAAAAUUAUCCAUUAAAUUUUUGUAUUUUUUUUUAUUUCUUUUCUAUUGAUAAUUAAUGUAACUCUUUUUGUUGUUGGCAAUAAAUGUUUUCUUUCCAAAACUAGUAAUAAUUCACUAUUAGUUUUUAAAUAAUCCUUCAGAAAUAUUUAAAAAAAUUCAAUUGCUUAUUAGAGAUGAUUUCGACAUUGCUGCACUAUGGCAUGAACAACUUUAAAAGGAUGCUUAUGAUUUCGAUUUCACACUGUGUAAGAUAUUAAAUGCUCGCUGUAAAUAUAGCUUUUAAUGUAUUACUAAUUAUUUUUCUAUUCUAUGUUCCUUUUUAUUACCAAAUUUAUAUUUAACACAAAUCUGCCUAUAUAUAAUCAUUUUCUUAUAUUUGACAUAUUGAAAUACCAUUAUGUACAUUCCAUUUUACGAUAGUUUUAGAAUAAGACAAAUUGUUAUUUUCGUAUAUCGUAGCUGACCAAUCAAAUAUGCUAAGAGUUGGUAUUUUAUGUGGCGAUAAAAAUUCUAUAAUAUGUCGCAUUAAUUUCAAACAACUCGAAGAAAAUCAUAGACAUGGAAGCCUACGCAAUGAACAAUUUAUAUGUAAAAUUGCCACUGUGUAGGUUGCACAGUACAAAAAUUGUGUUCAAAUUAUUCGCUUUAAUUCCAUACAUCAAACUUAGGAAUGGAAUCCAUAACUACAACAAAUGCAAAAACACUAGGCGUGUUUAAUAUGUCGAAAACUAAUUUAUCAUCUUUCAUAAAAUUGAAAUGCCAUUGACAUGCCAUAGUAACAUUGGUUAUUAUCAAACAUUAUAUUUUAUUAAUUGCCAUGAGGUUGUGUUAUAUUUAUACUAUAAUGUACAAACAUAAUGUAGUUACCCAAAAUUAUAUGUUUAUUUAGAGAAUUUAUAUUAAAUUCUGUAUGAGUCUGACUUUAUAAAUGAUUAAUUUUAUAUUAAUGUGAUACUGUAUUUUAUGAAAUUAAAUAAUUAUUUCAUAUACAAA